AUGGUUUUUAUUAAUAUCACAACGCUCAAUCUCUUGGAGACGGUGGAGUUCGUCCUGGCCAUCGGCAGCGAGGACUAUGCCCAGUAUGGCGGCAAGUCGCCGGCGGAGGUGCUGGAGCACUACAACGAGCAGCGCUCGCUGUUCAGCAUCACCAUGUUCUCGCAGAAGCGCCAGCGCAUCCAGCUCUCGCCCUUCGAGCAGCAGUGCAUCGGCAUCUCCUUCAGGCAGCCGUACAGCGUCAUCCUGAACACCGUUCAGUUGGACCUGUGGCGCUUCGUCCAGUUCUCACUCGGCCUGCUGGCCUUUUGGAGCGCACGGCGGCUGGCCAAGAACAGUGUGUUCUACAACCUGGCCGGCGUCGUCAUCGGCAUCUGCGCCUCCCUGCUGGUGGUCAUCUUUCCACGCCGUCCCAUGAUGUACGUCCUGAUCGGCGGCUGGACCAUUGGCUUCUAUGUGCUCAAGCAGCUGGCGGACAACCUGCGACUGAUCCUGCUCACCUACCGCGACCAUGUGGUGUGGUACCUGGUGGUCACCGGUCUGAUCUCGUUCCUGAUUUGCUACCGCAUUAGCCCGCCCAAGAAUCCGCGCUCCCAGAACAUCAUCAUGUGGGUGCUGCAGGCGAUGGGCGGCGUCCUGGUCUACUUCAGCAGCUGGCACACUAGCGCAUUGAUCUUCCUCAUGGUGGUGGCCUUUGUGGCCCACUAUUUCUCCCCCUCGUGGGUGCGCUAUGCCAAGAUGAUGUACCGCCGCCGCUUUCCGCCCAAGCGACGACUGCCCACCCAGGAGGAGUACCAACAGCAGACGGCCCUGGAGACCUCGAAGUCCCUGGCGGAACUAAGGAAAUUCGACAACAGCCCGGAGUGCAAGCAGUGGACCGUGAUCAGCAACCUGCGCAAUCCCAUGCGCUUCGCCUCGUUCGCCAAUGGAGCACCGCAUCUGGACGACGAGGAGAUCGAGGACUACUCGCGGGCCAUUGAGAAGUCCAUGGAGGCGUCGCCACAGGAGGAUCCCGAGGAGUUCCUGCAGUGCAGCAUGUACUACCGUCCGUCGGCGGGUAGCAGACUGCUCUACCGCUCGCGCCACCGCGUCAACAUACCGCUGCCGAACUCCCAGUUUUGUCUCGCACCAACUUCCCACCAUCGGGGUCUGCUGGACGUGCUGGUAGUGGUGACGUCUGUAGGGGGCGGCUAA